CCGGGCGGCCGAGGCGGUUGAACCCACCCCACUUGUUCCAUAAAGAGAAGACUAAUUGAUAACCAUGGCGGACCAGUACAGUAUGUUUCUCACCACGGCGCCCCCCCUCCGACGUGGUAGCACACCAUUACCUCUCAAACAUCAGCUGCGGAGGGAAGAGGCCGUAUCCGAGGACUGUGAUUGGAUCCCGGGCAUCGAGGAGGCUGCCAGCGGCACAGGGUUGACUCGGGAUGAGUCCGGCAGCCAAUCAGCAGCCGGCCAGUUGGCUUACCACAGCCAUGGCGGGGCACUGAAGAUAGUGCUUCUGGGACAGAAUGGCGUGGGCAAAUCGUCGCUAGCCUUAUCUCUGGCCGGCCAGUCGGACAGAUCCCUCUCUAUAGACUCAUGUGGUGAGGGCUACGAGUGCUCAGUGACAGUCGACGACGAGGACAGCAAAGUCAUCAUUUUUGACAACUGGAAACAGGACUUCUCCACUCUACAGAGUGAUGUGUGUAUCCUGGUCUUCUCGGUGACUGACAGGCGGAGUUUCCACCGCAUCGCCCAGCUCCGCCUCCUCCUCAGGGAGUCUCAGCCACACACACCAAUCAUCCUGGUGGGCAACAAGAGCGACCUUGUCCGCUCCCGUGAAAUCAGCUCAGAAGAGGCCCAAUCCAGCAGCCAGAUGUUCGACUGCCUCUAUUUGGAGCUCUCAGCCUCCCUGGACCAUGGUACCAACGAGCUGUUGGAGGCCGCAGUUCGGAUGGCAAGGGGCGACUGCGUGGGCCCCGGCUGGACCGACGGCGAGCCCGGGGCAGGUCGCAGGGAGAGUCUGACCAGCCGGGCUAAGCGCUUCCUGUCGGGGCUGGUACCGCGCUCGUACGGUCGAGACCGAGAUCGGGAUCGGGGCCGCUACAGGGAGAUGAGCCGCCACCGCGGCAGCAAGAUCCUCCGACAGAAGUCCCGCUCCUGCCACGACCUCAGUGCACUGUGAUACAAACAAACACACGCACACAUGCAUACACACAGGCAAAGAGACACACUCACACGCAUACACACCUGAAUGAAGGACAUGGGGAGGACGUGUAAAAGAUGGAGAGGGAGAAGAGGGUAAAACGGAAGAUGCUAGGGAUUUGCAGAUGACUAGAUGUAGCGACAAAGAAGUCGAUGGAGGAGACUCACACAAGUGGAGAACAUUCGAGGGGCGGAAGGACGGAAAUUCAGCAGUGGCGGAUAAAGGUCCGCGAAGGAGAAGGGGGGAGAGAAGAAAUCAGACAGGAUCGCGAUAAACAGAGACACAGAUAAGGAUGUGAGCUUGAUUUGCUGCCUCCAGCUUGGGUGAAUCAGCAAGCGCUCAUCACCUGAUGAGAUCAGGAGAGAGAACAUUAGUGACAGUGGAGAGAGUCACAUCAAGAUGCUGAUUGAAUGCUUACUGUGGCGAAACGGGGGGGGGUGUCACAAAUAAACACGCAUCCAAGUAGCACGCACUGAUUAUGUAGAGACUGAUAGCAAUCUAAUGUGUACCUAUUGUGAACCCUGUUUUAUAGCAUGCCGAGUAGA